CCUGAUAAAACUAAGCUCCCUUUCGGGCUUCGCCUUCAGUUCAUCGGCGGAGUUUCUCGGAAGCGGAAAUCGAAUCCCGGAAUUCGAAGUGUGGAGUGCAAUUGGCGCCGCGCGCGUUUAUGAGUGUGUUUUUUUCUCUCAAUUGCUGCUUGACUUUGCCUAGAAGUUUUGUUCUUCUUCCUGGAAAGUGCACGCAGGGUGAUAGGGAGAUCAUGUAGAUAUAGAUAUCUAUACAUCGAUCGGUGUUUUUCUGUGUGAUGGAGACCUGGGUGGUCCAGGGGGAGGAGGCGGUUAGUGUAUUUGCACAUAUGUGCGUGUUUCGCUGAUAUUUGUUAUCAGAGAGAGAGAAAAAACGUGAAAAAUAGUGUCUAUACCCGAACAUUUGAAAGGUUCGCGGGGAGUGGUGGAAAGAGUAGUUGGAACCGCGGGGGUUCAAUCAACUGUUUCGAGCUAGGAGUUUCGUCCGUGCUCGCACUCUAAUUGACCACGGGCAAGCUGCUGCAGCCUGUUGCUUUGACACACGUCCCCUGAGGUUAGGCAACAUCGGCGACGGACGGUGACCUAAAUUUAGGCCAAAAGGUUACGCGAAAUCAUCCAAGUGCUCCGGGCGAGAGGUCGCCCCCCCUAUGUGCUGUGUGGCAGGGUUCAGCAGUGCCUACUAAGAACAUCGCAAAGGACGGUACCACGCAGUAGCCUACUACGUAUUUUUGUUAUCCUGCUAUCAGUGCGGGGCGUUCGCGAUGCAGCAUGUGCAAGGCAAAUGAAAUGUGCUGGUGAAAAAUGUGAAACCAUUAUUAGUUAUUGAAGCAAAUUUGUUCGGAAGAGGCGCUCUAUACGAUUGUGUGUUGUCCAUGUUCCAUGUAGUGUCGUCGUUUGCCGAGCAGUUCAAAAAGGAUUACAACUAAUCGCAUUUGAUGGGGCCACCGCCAACAACAUCAUCGCGGCAAUCGUUCCAGCGCCAGCGGUGCUUCGUCGUGGCAUGCUGAGACCGGAAUAACCACGUGGACAGUGUGUAGAAGACUACCUAUAUUGGUGACACAUGCCGAAUAGCGGAAGACGGUAAUGGAAAAAGGAUUGGAAAGUGAAUUUCUGCGAGUGGACCUUUAGCAGUCUCUGAAGAUAACAACAACAACCAGCUUCACGGUUCAUCGUAUCCAGCUGAAUCCAAUCGAAUCCAACGAAAAACGAUUGCCAUGAUGGUGUGAAAGUGAUACGGUCACCGAGCAGUAGUGACUCCAGGAGAUGACCAUCAUGGACGGUGGCAGCAGCGGAGGCGUUCGGCAACAGCAACAACAGCAGAAACAACAGCAACAAAGUCAACAGCAAACGCCACAACACCUCCAGCAGCAGCAUUAUCAGCAACAUCAGCAGCCACAGCAGAACCAAUUCGGGAGCAAUGGGUGUUCGCCCUCGAUUGGAUCGUCCACUUCCGGCGGAACCGGGCAGUUCCCCGCUUCGUUCCCGGACAGCUUCAAAGACUUUUUCGCCAUGCUCAACGAGGAGGACGACCACGUGGACGUGUUCUCCAACAUACUAGAGGAUAAGGACAUCCCCCGCAGCACAAAGUGUCGCUACAAUCGGUCUUCCAAUGCCGCUUCGGGUGCCUCCGGCGGAGGCGGCAACAGCGCAUCCGUAUUCACCGGUGGCCCGGCUCCGCAUUCCGCCUCGUCCUACACCGGCAAUCGUUCGUUUGGGCUCGGGUUCGCAUCCGGCAACAGCAACUACAACUUCGGUCGGUCCAGCUCGUUCCGAUUGCACCGGAACAAACCGGCCUACCCGGAUCAUCGGCCGCCGUCGGCAACCGUCGGCUUUCAUUCGACCAAUCAGCAGCAGCAGCUGCUGAUCAACAACAUUCGGAAUCAGUUGGGCGGAUCGGGAAGUGAUUUGGGGUUCUGUGGUGGAAGUGAAGAAGACAAAGCAAUGAAGAAUCUGAGUUUGAUAAAGAGUGCCAUUGUGGAUCGGUCGCCGUCAUCGUCGGCGCUUGCUGGGAUCGUUGCUGGUGGAGGGGGCGGCGGUGGUUUGACGGUAACGGGGUUUCCUGGGCCGGGAGGGGGGAUUAAUCGGUCCAAGUCGAACUCGAAAAUUGACGAUCGGUCGCCUACUUCGUUCGAGAUGAAGAACUUCGUGUGCGGAACGACGCCGAGCGGGAGCGGAGCCGGGCGGAGUUACAAAAUUAGUGAAAACAGCGACGAAGUCGAAGAAGACACCCUCAGCAAUGCCAACAACGCCAGCAGUAAAAACCUCUCAUCAAAGAUGACAAAAACAACCACCUCCUACUGCUUCAUGCGACAUCAUCAACAGCAACAGCAGCAGCAGCAGCAACAACAAUCGCAGCAACCCACCUCGUUGAAGCCGCAUCACAGCAGAAACAAUUCAUUAAGGGUGCACCGUUCGAAGGCGUCGGCUUCAGGUGGUUCGAUCUCUCCGUCUCCCUCUAUCGCGUCGGUUUUCAAUCAAAGUGUCAAUAAAGCCAACCUGAGCGGCUCCUGUUCUUCCUUCUCGACGGCACCCGGCGUUGCCAACGUCAGCAACUGUUCCAAUUGUGGACUGCCGCUUAACGGAAACUGCUGUUGUUCCACGCAGGAUUAUCUACAGCACCAAAAGUCACCGAUAUUCAACCGGAGGCGUUCGUCGUCGAUAAGCGUGGCGCGACCCACUCCGGACCUGUAUCGGUUCCUGAAGACGGAGAUUCCAUCGCAGCAGCCUCUGUCGCCCGGUGCGAGAUUCGAGCCCCGUGAUAAAUUUCCCACGCUUUCAACCAACACCAAGGGGAGCACCCUGGCCUCAUCCACCUCCACCCUGUCCACCCUGGUGGAAAGCGUCAGCGGUGUUAGCACCAGCACCACCGAAGGCGCCAACACCGGCCCCCCGACCGCAAUCCAGACCAAUAUGGACGCCAUCGACGCCAUGGGGCAGUCGGAGACCGGAAGUGGCCAGCCAAACGGCAAACUUCAGCAGCUCAAUUUCAACUUUGGCACAAUGGCGCCAAAAGAUGGAGCAGGUGGCCAUCUAUCAUCGUCACCGUCCUCGUCGCGACUGAAACAUGGAGGGGGUGGAGGGGGAGGUGAUGGGUGCAAUUCGGCGCCUCCCCACAGCAAGUCGGGACGCUUUCAGAACGAGGAGAACGACAGCAAUUUCAGCAAUCAACAGCAGCAACAGCAAUCGUAUCACCACCAUCCUUCGGCUCAUCGCACCGUCAGUAUCAGUACCACGGCCAUCGUUUGCGGGGGUGGUGGACGGGAUGGCAGUAGAACACCGGUUCCACCGGGGACUGGGCCGGGAAGUGGUGGCGGAGGUGGUGGUGUUGGAGGACCAGGAUCAACCGAAUCGGCGCGUCAACGGAUGCGAACCUCCAGCAUGCCGGUCGAGAAUCGAAAGCCUCGACUGGCGGAUACUCGACGAUCCGCAAUCCAUUGCGCCGACAUGGAUCUGGUAUAUUACCGGUUGCGGAGCUUCAGCAUAACAUCGCAUGGAAUUUGUAAUCUCGGCGAUUCGAUGCGAAGUCGUCGAUCGCGGUCGAUCAACUCGGUAACGUCGGCCGGUUCCGGAGGUGCCAAGGAUCGCAAGGGUAGCAGCGGUUCGCAGAAGCAGGACGUGCAGAUGGCCUCGGCUUCCCGGGAAGGCAGCGAGGAUAAUCUGGACGAUGGCGAGAAGGAAAAGAUUCCGGGCUUCAAGGUGGCCAUGCUGGGAGCUUCCGGGGUGGGCAAGACGGCGCUGACCUACCAGUUCACCACAUCGGAGUAUAUCUGCGCGUACGAUUUGAGCCUUGAUGAUGAUUACGGCCAGAAGACGGUUUCAGUGCUGCUGGACGGACAGGAGACCGACCUGGAGAUCAUCGAUCACCCCGCGUGCGAGAUGUCGGAGGAAGCAUUCUGCUCGACGUACCACAUCGACAUCUUCGUCGUGGUCUACUCGGUCGUAGACCGAGGAUCGUUCAAAAAAGCGGAGAAGAUCUUGCACUUUCUCAAAGAUUCGGAAAUGCUGCUGACCCGUGGAGUGAUUUUGGUCGGCAACAAAACUGACCUGGAGCGUCAGCGUGAAGUUCCUACGCAUGCCGCCCGACGACUUGCCAAAGAAAUCGGUGCCAAGUUCAUCGAAACGUCCAGCGGCAUGGACUACAACGUGGACGAACUGCUCGUCGGCAUCGUAGCCCAGGUGAAGCUGAACCCUCAACGAAUCAACCGACUCACGGACAAGCAACGCAACAGCAUAGCAGGCUCCAUAGUUCCUCCGGUCAAAACGCCCAUCAAAGGCCGCAAGAUGGCCAUGUCUAUGCGAGAGCUUCCGGCCCGGGAUGCCACCAGCCGGAUACGGCGUAUCGUACGCCGCAGCAGUAUCGGCAAGUUCGGGUCGGAAGACGACGAUGACUACAACCUUGGGGACAAACGUCUACGCAAGAAAGUUCAGGACUUCCCCGAUGACGACGAUGCCGAGAGCGACGACGAGCGAUCCACCGAUAACGAGAUGAACCUUCUCCAUAGGAAGCGGUACGACCUGCCGAGUACCUCAACGCAGAACCUCAACAGCGUGAACAGUCGCUUCCUGAAGCGCCUGUCGUUCGACGGCCAGAUGCAGGAGGACCUCGGAGCGCAACAGCAGGAAGCCCGCGAGCAGCAACGUGCCUCACCGCAGCCCAACGUCAAGCGGUUCAACCUGAUCGAUGACAAGUCGUGCUCCGCCACCGGUACCGCUGCAAACAAAUUCGCCAAUCGCACCAAACUGCUGCUGACUUCGUUUUUGAAGUUCAAACGGAAUCUGCGCGUCAAGCGGCGCAGUUCCGGCAGCUGCAGCGACCUGUUUGUGAUCUAAUCGCGUUCGUAUGUCUAUGCGUGUGUUUUGAGCAUUGUACAGCUCGGUGUGUAAACCGUCACACGUAGAUGUAUGUAGAUGUGAUCUGUUUGUACAUAUUUGUAUUUGUUGUGUAAUUUUUCCAAACACACACACCCACAACUUAACAGAACACUUUUGUGCUUUUGAUUAGAUGAAAACCAAUAACAAUGAAACAAAGCAGCAAACAAAGGGGAUCAAAGCAAGCGGUUUUCAGUAUUGAUUGACGACGUAUUUGAAUUGACGCAGUAGGCGCCGCGGAGAAACAACGAAAACUGAUCUUUUAACAAAGGGGUAAAGCAGGCCAUGGUAGGAAGAAAUUCAAUGGCAAAUAAAUACACAAAUUAUAAGAGUGUGUGAUUUGGUAGUUAGACAGUAAAAAGUACAGUAAGGUAUUUGAAAUAGUUUGAUUUUUUGCUUGCAGUUUGAAAGACUAUGUAAUCAAUGAUCCGUAUAACAGUUAUCAGAUUUGAUCAGCAUAAACGCAACGGUUUGAAUGUAUAUCAAACGACACAUUUUAAUUGUUGGAAUUGAGUCGAAUGUUUUACUUUGUUACUUAUAAUGGGCUUAAGAAAACAGUGAGAAGAAACUACUAUAGUAUCAAAAUCUAUCAGAUGACGUAUGAAAACUAUUGAACAGCUUCUCUUUCGAUGUUGAGAAUCAUGACUUGAUAAUAACUACAUAUGUGAAACUGACACUGAUGUGUUCGUGAAAUGUCGAAAACCCGUUGCGAAAGAAGAAUGUAAACAUUUAAUGUGUUAAAAUUUUCAAUCAAACAGAGAAUUCAUACAACAAAAGCGCACCAGAAUCGAACAUAUUUUCCGAAUAAAAACAAUGCCUAAAAAA